AUGGGGCAUACAGCGGUAGCACGUUGGAGCUUGCCUCCUUCCGGUAAGCUGAAACUCAACACGGAUGGAGCUUGCGACCAGCAAGGUUCCAUUGAAGGUGAUCCAUUUAAAGCUGAAGUUGAGGCUUUAAAGUUGGGUUUAAUUCUGAUGUGGGAUGUCAACAUGAGGAGUGCAGUGUGUGAAGUGGAUUGUAUUGAAUUAGUCCAGGCCCUAGUUGAUGAGAGGUACCAAUUUCAUGCUAUGGCGUCGGAUCUUCUUGAUAUCCGGCUUCUUUUGGAUCGUGAUUGGGAUGUCGAGCUUAUGCAUAUCUCUCGGGAUGCUAAUGAAGUUGCUGAUUAUCUUGCUGGUCUGGGGUCUGGACUCCAGUGCACUUACACUUGUCUUGAGGCGCCGCCUCCUCAGCUUUGUCCCAUCUUGGUUAUGGACUUGUUAGCCUUGUAG